GGGUUGCUCUUACUACGCCAUAAGAACAGUUUUAUUGCGUAUUGGAUGAUUUUCUGAUCAUUUGUGAGUAACUUGAUUAAAAAAAGUAGUGAGAAAAGCGUACAAAGAUCUUGUCUCUACCCGCACGCGUAAAUUUAGCUUAAAGGGUUCCCUUACUCUGACUGGUUGAAACUUUCAUACGAUUUGGCAUAGCCGCAUGUAAGAGCUUUCCUGUGUUAGAGAGUGGUAUGCCAUAUCUCUGCGCCUGCUCAAUCCAUGGCGUUGUCGGGAGGUAUGAUGGUGUUCUGACCAUGUCGUUCGUUUAUAAGAAACAGUGAUGGCGAACGCGUCUCAAAAGAAAACUACGGCUGGUAAUCAAAAGUCUAUACGUAUAUUGCAAUUUGGUAAUCUCGGCUUUAUACUCUUGCAUGCGAUAAGCAAUUACUUGCUAGGAAGAAAAUACUUUUCUAUUACUGCAUUGAUAUUGACUAUACCUGGUGCUAUCUGCUCUUUUCUUCUCAAUAAGUGGGGUAAACCUGUCUUCUCUGACAAUGGUCAGAUUCUGUCUUCUGGAGAGGACCUCAGCGCGGAAGGGGGAUUAAUAGAACAUAUUUGGGAUGUCGUUUAUAUAAACUGGAUUUGUUUAGCCAUGACUGGAUUCUUUGGACCUAUUCUAUGGUGGAUGUUCAUUAUCGUACCUGCAUUUGCUUUGUUUAAAGCUGUUAGCUUUGCACUCCCGUGGAUUAUGCCAGCAGCUGGUAAAAUGCGUGACGCAAUGUCAUCACAAACCACGGAAGAGCCAGUCGAGAGUAAGAGACAGCAGAAACUCAGACAGAGACAACAAAAAGGUCAACCAACAAAGAGACGUUGAAAAUGUAUGUAUGUAUAUAUAUAUAAUCUAUCCUACUUCUUACGUGAUUGGAUACCACUUGCCAUCUUCUGUAAUGCCUUUGGUUGAUUCCUAACCCAGUAAAUCUUUGAUCUGUGCAUUUUACCUCUCUUAAGAACUUGUAUGUCCUUAACUAAACCACUACCAAGACUGAAAAUUUGCUCAACACCGAGUUUCAUGAUAACGUUUCUAAGUCUAAUGGUAACAUCAUUGUUGCGUCUUCUAAUACCGAUGAGAACACCUGCAAAAGUUGCUGUAUGUGUUUUUUCAGGGUUUGUGUAAUAAGUUACAGUUAUAACUGAACUUGGUGGAAUUCUAGAUUUGAUUGGACCUCUACGGCUGAAUAAGGGGUAAAAUUUACUAGAUUCUGAGCUGUAUUUGAGUUGAUGGUUGAAUCUACCAAGGGUGUUCAAAGGUGCAUCCUUUGGUGGGAUAGAAGAUGGUUCAAUGUGUGGUACCAGCAGUUGUUUACUGAAUGGGAAUGAUUUUGCGUCUCCCAAAGGUUGAUAUGAAGCGAAACGUAAACCAAUGUUGUUAGAAACCCUACAAGAUC